AUGGCGUUCCCAUAUAUUGACACGCCGCGCACCGAAGUCGACGGAAACGCGACCUACCUCACCAACGGCUUCCGCAGCGCGGGGCGAACACAUCUCUCAGCGCUCGAUUCAGUUGAAAACUCGUUUGCUACGCCAUCUAAGGAUAAUGAUGUGAUCAAGGGGUUUGGAGAAGGACGCAAGCGCGUUUCGGGAGCCUCCAACAUGGGCACACCACGCGCCAGUGCCGCGACAAAGUCUACGAGGAGCGCGUUGAGACAACUCCCAACCGCUGGACCUGCUAGAGGCGAGUUCACGCCGCUUAUGCGAAGCGCGACGAAAAACAAUUUCUUGAGAAACGCGUCUAUGAACCGAGGAACCGACGACCCGAAGACCCCGGCAUACCUGCGCGAAAGCAGCCGAGGUGCUGCGUAUACCCCCGGUCUACCUGCCAUCGACAUGUCGGAUAUUUACGAAGAAGACGCGACUGCUGAUGAGCCUACACCCCUUCCACAGGCUGCUAGCAGCAGUGCUCAAAGUACACCAAUCCCAUCUCUUUUAGGGCGCGAUGGGAGAGGUGUGUUGGGUGAUGGACAGAACAUGACCUUGAAGGAGCAGGAGCGAAUCAUUGACCGGCUCGACAAAGACAAUUGGAACCUCAAACUCAAGAUCCACUACCUAGAGGAACAACUCGAGAAAGCAGGACCCGAAUACAACAGUGCAGCCCUCAAAGAGAAUACCGAGCUCAAAGUCUUGAGAUUGACAAUGCAACGCGACAUUUCUCGAUACAAGAAAAGCUUGCAACAAGCGGAGCGCGAUUUGGAGGACUAUCAACAACAACUCGUGGAAAUGAGAGACAAGGCCCGGCAGAGACAAACGGAUGAGGAGGUUCAGCGCGAAAUGGAUCUCAUGCGGGAGGAGGUCGAGUCGAGGGACAACGAGCUCCGGGAACUCCGGGAAGAGUUGAGGAUAGCCAAAGACAAUCAGUCUCGCGAGAUCGAAAAACUGCGGGACGACAUCGAAGACCUCGAGGCUAGCGUACGAGAAAAGGACCGAGCGAUUGACGAACGCGACGAAGAACUUGAGGAGCUACGAGAAAAUCGCCGAGAGAACGACGCAGGAGCGGAGCUUGAACUCGAACUUGAUCGUGCCAAGGAACAGAUCCAAGAACUACAGGAUCGGCUCGAACAGGCCAUAUCGGAGGCUCAAGAGGCGGAUUCUGCCGCCAAGAACGCCAUGGAUGAGAAAACCCGCGCUGAAGACGACCUUCGCGAGCUCCAGGAUGAGAUGGCAGAUAAGUCCUUCACGACGAGGGGCCUCAGUCGCCAGCUCGAGGAAAGAGCCGAUAAGCUCGAGGAGGAAGUGCAAGAGCUACGGCACGCAAACGAUACCCUCCAAGCAGAAGUCGAAAGGAAAACGGAAACCGUGACACGCCUUGAGGAGCGUUAUCAAACCGUUCAACAAGACCUCAGGAGCGACGCUGGGAAGCUAGGCGAAGACCUUGAAUCUGCCAGGCGCGAGCGAGACGUGGUCCGUGAUGAGCUUCAGCGAACGUCUGCUCAGUUGCAAGAAGCUCUCGACAACGUCCAGCGCCGGACUGAAGAAAAAGAACUCCUUCAAACCCGGCACCAUGCACUGACCGACGAGUCUGGUGGCUUGCAAGCCGAGCUGACCCGAGCACAAUCCCGGAUACGCGAACUCCAACAGGGAGUCGAGGAGGCCACAAACCGUGCCCAGGACAGUCAAAACCUUCGCUGGCAACACAAGACGGAGGUUGAUCGACUUCAAGAUGAAAUUGAGGCUCUUCAACACGAGAUAGAAGACAAGGAAGGCCAUUUUGCCCUGGAACAGGACCGAUGGGAGAGCGCCAAGCGAACCUUGCAGGCUCAGAAAGAGCGUGCCGAAGAGCAAGCGACUGGCUUUAAGCGAACCAUUGAAAAACUCCAGGAGGCAGAGCACACUCUUUCCGGAAAGGAGUUCAAAUUGCAGGGAGCCAUCGACAGUGAGAAGCAACGCCAUCUCCAGGAAGAAGCUGUGCUCAACCGCCAACUCAAAGACCUCGGUGAUGAGCUUUCUCAGAAAAGACACAUCCUAGAUGAACAGCGCAACGACCUGCUUGCUGUCAGAGAGGAGCUGCGUGUCUCUCGACGUGAAGAGCAGUCACUAAAGGAGAAAGUGCAGGCUCUCGAGGACGAGGUGAUUGUUCUGCAGUCAAGUUUGGCGGAUGAACAGGAAUUCGCCAAGGGUCGCCUGCAAAAGAGUUCGUCUGAAGUCGAGGUGCAACUACAAAAAGCCAUUGCCGACAGACAAACCCUUCGUGACCAGCUCGCCAACGCGCACGUCGAGCUACAUGACUUGCGAACUUCGGUUGGUGAGAUUGAAGCCGAACGUGACGACCUCCAAGCUCAGCUGAGUCGUCCUGAAAAUGCGGAUGAUAACACUCGCUUCGACCGUGAAAAACUUGAACUUCGCAGGACAGCAACUCGACUUGAAAAUGAAGCGAAGCGUUUGCGAGAUGACAGGGCUUCCUUAUUGGAAGCUAAAGAAACUCUCGAACAGCAACUCGGGUCUGAAAUCGAGCGGGCUACCGCGGAAGAGGGCCGACUGUCUGCCGAAAUCGAUCGUCUUCAAGACAAGCUCCUUGCAGGCUCGGGCAACCGAGAUCGCGAACUGACCACCGCCAAGACCAAGAUUCAACGUCUCGAGCGACGCAUUCAAGAGCUAGAGGCCAUUCUUCAGCACCAGCAGCCCACCGUGGAGAAUGAGCAGUCCGCCACUCAUGGGGAUUCGUCUCUAAUCCGGCACAGUCUUGACGAGGCUCGUAAACGCGAGAAGAUUCUUCUACAACGUGAAGCUGAACAAAAAGCUUCCUCGCGUACGCUGAAAUCGCGGGUUGCUGAUUUAGAGCGAGACCUUCAUGAGGCAUUGAUGAACAAGUUUGAUUCUCACUCGCCACGAGACUCGCCAUCCAACAAACUACAUGAGGAGCUGCGGAAUCUCCGAAAACAGCUUUCAGAUGCCCACCGGUCUCUGAAGGAGGUCAAAGCCAAGAACCGGGAUUUGGAGCGUGCGGCGAUGAAAGAGGAGGACCAAAGAGAUCUCCAUGAGCUUCUCAAGUCGUCAACUAUCGAAGCGGAAGCCUUGGCCCUCAAGGUCUCCGAACGAGACUCUCGUUUGAAUGAGCUCAAGAAUCAGGUUCACCGGAUUCGUGAAGAGCGAGCCUUCUGUGCUCGCAAAGCCGAGACUGCUUCGAAAGAGUUGGAUGCACUCCAGCAUCGAUAUGAUGAGGCUCUCAAGAAGGUGUCCAAUUCAAAGGCUUCGACCAAGGGUCAGCACGAGAAAGAGAUGCGUGGCCUAGGCAAGGAGAUCAUCUGGCUUCGUGCCCGCUUGCGGCGAGAGGAGAAGUUCCGCCGUGACUUGGCAUGGAGUAAGGGUCUGAUGGAGCUUGGUGAACGCGUCCGCGUUGCUUGUAACGAGGCCGACCUCCGCAUGAUCUCUGAGAUGGGUGUCCAAGCCCGUGACCGCAAUCCUACCCGGUCACCACGCCACAAGCUCAAGUCUGCCAUCUCACUAGUCAUGGCCACCGUCCGUAUGCAACGGAUGGGCCGAGAAUGGAGACAAACCAAGAAGCUCGGCGAGGGCUUAAAACGAGCCAAGAGUGAAAUGCUCAAGCGCCGCGAGAGCUCCAACAAGAGUCUGCUUGGCCAAUAG